GAUCGCUAAAGAUCAACACUUGAUAAAAAAAAAAACGUAAAUUUCUUGUAACUUUACUAGUCCAUACUUUAAAAACUAAAAAAAUAAAAAAACAAAUUUGCAUAAAUAAUAAACACACACACACAUACACACACCUACACGCACACCAACGAUCGCCAGCGCUAUGAAUCCAUCGAAUCUGGGCAAGCAAAACGGUGCAUUGGUUUUGGAAAUCCUCCAAGUACUGGGACGCCCUGCGACCAUCAAAGAGGUGUCCCAGCGCGUGGCCGAUAUCUAUAAAGUAGCACGGAAUCGCAUACAGCCCGUUGUGGGCGAUGUGCUUGGCGCUGGUGUGCGUCAGGGAUUCUUUCGCUGUCGCAAUCGACGCUAUGCAAUUGUUAAGCCCACCAUUGAGCAGCUGCGACGAGAGAUCGAUGAGUAUGUGGUGGAAAUGUUGAUGCUGGACAAUGCCAAUUCAAAUGCUAAUGCUGCAGCUGCUGCUGCUGCUGGUGGUGGUGGUCAGAUGUUGCCAAAGCCGUCGCCGCUUAUGAUUAAGCUGGAGCAGUUGGAUGCAACGCCGCCGCCGUCGUCGCAAUAUGUUGUCUCGGCAUCGCCUUCAUCUGGGGAGCUGCGUGAGCGUACCCCACCCGGAGACGCUCAAGCAGCUGUCGCAACAUACUAAACAAAACUCUCUCUCUCUCUCUAUCUAUCACUUCUCUUCGCUCUCUUCUCCUCUCUAUAUUUCGCAAUGAUUUUAAAUGUAAAUUUGACUGCACAUAUAAGAUAUACAAAGUGCUCACCUAGUAGAAAAGCUCAAGUGUGUAGCGCUAAUAAACAACUACGCAUCAAGGCAAGCAUAUCCUUUAUU